AUGAGUGCUCCAUACUACACUUCGCAGGAUGUGAGGAACAGCUUCCAGUGGCCGCGCCAGACCCGGGAAGAAAGCCAAUCUAGUGCAGAAACCACGCGGGCUACGCAGCGCAGCACCGAAGAUGAGCUAGAGAGGCUUGAGUCUGUGGAGUCAGCCCCAACUACCGAGUUCGCGAAACUUCUCAAAGAAGUUACACUAUUGAGGAAAGAACUUACGACCAUGCGAGAGGAGCGUUCUCGCACCGAGUCUAGCAAGUCAUCAUCUAAGGAUAAAGGCAAAGGCAGAGCCCCACAUGAUUCUCACACCAGACACUGUUCAGCCAACGAUGAUGCGCGGUCGCAUCGUUCGCGACGAUCCCACCACUCUCAGCGGUCGUGUACUUCGCGGUCGUGUACUCGCGACGUUCGCAUGAUCGUUCGCACUCGAGGGAAAAAUUCAGAGCCAGGGACAUCGGGUACUUGGAGUCGAACUAUAAUUUGCCUAUUGUGA